AGGAGAGAGAGAAGAAGAGAGAGAGAGAGAGAGAGAGAGAGACUAGGGAGCACUCUAAAGGAAUGCUUCAUUUUUCUUCAGAGGCAACAAUCACGCCAUCUACAACGGGUCGUUUUACUAUCACUCGAUGGAUCAUCUAUAUAGCCAAGUACGACAUAGCUAGCACGAACUUCACCAAAGUUAGAAUCCCCAAGGCUGCCUACACGAGAGACGACUACAUAUUCAGUAUUCGAUACAAUUACAUGAAGGUGGCUGUCGACGAGAACGGAAUCUGGGUGCUCUACGGCUUCAACAAGACCGACGAUGACAACAUCGUCGUCGCCAAGCUCGACCUGCUGCCCGAUCCGCCCUACAUGGAGGUUGUGCGCGUGUGGAAGAACAUCACGCUCAACAAGCGCAACAUGGGCAACGCGUUUAUCAUCUGCGGCGUGCUGUACACGAUCCAGGACGUGUCGAACGAGGAUACGGUCGUCAACUACUCCUUCGACCUCUACCAGAACGAGGUGCGCAAGACGGCAAUCCGCUUCCACAAUCCUUACCAGAUGAAUAACAUGGUCGCUUACAACCCUGUCGACCGGCAGCUGUACAGCUGGGACAAGGGCAACCAGCUGACGUACAAGCUGAAGUUUGUCACGUGA